UUUGUAUUAUGUGAUAAUCGUGCAUUUCGUCCAUCCCAAAUGUUGUUAGAUUGACCUGGUCGGUUGACGGUGCCCUUAACGUUAUGUGCUCAUAGGGCAGCGAUAAUCCCAAGCCCAAUGCCAUUCAAUGCCUUGAUGUAUUCUUGUGACUGUGUGUGUUUAUUGUUUUUGUUUUUUCUCAUAAAGUUCACGCUAUCCCAAGUCUCUACGGAUGAGUUUGUUAGUUUUUGUCUAUUGUUUAUAUAUCUUUCAUCCCUCUCUCUUACUUCCCCUCAUUCACAUACGCUUCAGGGCAAGUAGUCUAACUCUUCAUUUACAUAUAUCGAAGGAAGAGAUGGAGAAUGAAUCCAACAAGGCUUUUCCUGAAUCAUAUGCCAUGAAAGGAGGGGAGGGUCCUCACAGCUAUGCUCAAAACUCAAACUUUCAGAGAUCAGCAAUUGAAGCAGCCAAAAAGCUUCUCCAAGGUGCAAUAGCUGACAACUUUGACUUGAAAAUCAUUUGUGCUGCUUCUACAACAAACCCAAUUUGCAUAGCAGACUUGGGCUGCUCCACUGGGCCAAAUACCUUUAUUGCAGCACAAAACAUAAUGGAAGCAAUUGAACUCCAAUGCAAAUCUCAAAAACAAAGUGUCCAGGAAUUCUUUGUUUUCUUCAAUGAUCAAGCCUCAAAUGAUUUCAACACUCUCUUCCAGAAACUUCCUCCCAACAAAAAGUACUUUGCUGCUGGAGUUCCUGGCUCUUUCUAUGGACGCUUAUUUCCGAGGCAGAGCCUACAUGUAGUUCACUCAUCUGCAUCACUGUCUUGGCUAUCUAAGUUGCCCAAAGAGCUUACUGAUAGAAGCUGUGAUGCUUGGAACAAGGGGAAAAUUUACUAUACUAAUGCUCCAAAAGAAGUUGAAGAUGCUUAUAAAAGUCAGUUUAAAAUGGAUUUGGAGACUUUUUUACAAGCCAGAGCACAAGAGGUUGUGGGCAAUGGGAUAGUGAUUCUUCUGAUACCUGCUGCUCAUGAUGUGAUUGAUUUUAGUGUGGACUUGUAUGGUGGAAAAGAUUAUGAACUUCUGGGAAGCUGUCUAAUGGACAUGGCAAAACUUGGACUUGUAAGUGAAGAAAAAGUGGACACUUUUAACGUGCCCACGUAUUUUCCACAUGUGAAGGAUCUGAAGAAAAUGCUUGAAAGUAAUGAAGAUUUCAGCGUGGAGAAAAUGGACUCAUUUGAUUGCCACAGCUCCAUUCAGCCAAACUUGGAAGGGCAUGUUUCCCAAUGCAGAGCUGUGCUGGAAGUGCUAAUUGGGAAGCACUUCGGAGAUGGAGUUGUUGAUGAACUUUUUGCUCGCUUUGCUGAGAAAGUUAUGGAAUCCCCAGAAGUCAUGAAUCUUCAGAAGCUUAAACUUCUAAUGCUCUUUGUUGUUCUCAAGCGCAAGCAGGUGUAGACAUAGAUGGAUAAGUUAACAGUUCUCUCCUGAUGAACUUAAUUAUGAUAAUGCAACUGCCUCUAUUCUGCUUGUUGGACUUGAUUAUGAUGAAGGGUGAAAGUAACAUGUGUUGACCUGA